AUCUGGGAUCUGGGGGACCGUGCAGUGGUCUUCACUUCAUUGAUCCUGUGUGGCCCCCUCCAGCCAGAGAUGCCUCUAGUGGGAGCCCUGGAAAUGUUUGGGCCAUGAAGGUCCUCUGUUUCUCAGUCACCGGGGCUGCUGGGAUUUGUCCAGAGGCCAUUAGUCCCAAGAAUGGCUCAUUAGUGAGAAGAACCCAGGACAGAAAGAGACUUGGUGUCUGCGCAGGGUUACCAUCAAGCCUGCUGCCAGGAAGGUUGAGAAAAGGCAGAGAGAGAGAGAUUCCAAGCACAAAUCCACCUUUCCCUUGGGAUGGACAAGCAGCUCACCUUCUCUAAGCCUCAGUCCACUCCUCCACUUUCUUUGCUGGCUAUGCAGGGUGAGGUGGGAAGCCCCUGCGGUGUCGGUGCCAUGGCCAUGAGAGACUCCUCAGUCUCUGCCCUGAGGCACACGCCUUCCUGAAUCCUUCACAAGUCCAGGUGGAGCCUCUUUGCCAACUUACUGCAGAGCCCACUGCAUUCCAAGGUAUCACCAGGUCAGCUCGGCUAGGCAUGUGUGGUGUGGAGCUGGUCAGAAGAUAAGUCUGACUGGUCCCUGGGCGCUAGGGAGGCCGUGAUGGAGGGCUCUCUGACCAGAGAGUCUUGGAGCUGUAAAGUGCUAACCGGACAUCACUAGCUUUCUCCCAGAGGCAGAACCCGGACCCUGCAGGAUGGCUAGGCUGACUGUCUGCUGGAGUCCAAGGUGCCUAUCGCAGUCGCCCGACAGAUAGGGAGCAAGCACUGUACGCACUAGGCUGCUGGCCUGGCCUCAUUCUCCUGGGUCUGCGAGCUUUGCUGGCUUACUUGGCUCAGCGCUGAGGCCCCCCCUCGAGCGAGGCCAGGUUCGGCAAGGCGCCCCUAUCUCGAAGGCAUGCGGGGUGAGCCUUCUACGGGGAGGUUGUGGGUGAGCGCGCAGCCUUCUCUCCACCUCGAGUCCCUGCUGGCUUCCGCAUCUCCGAUGUGGAACAGCAGCCCAGGUCUCGCAGCAGGAGCGCGGGCUGUCCGCCGGUGCCCGAGAAUCCCAGACUGGGCCGGGACGCCCCUCCCCCGCCUCGGAGCCCGCCCCGCCCCCGCCCGCCCGCUGCCUAGCGGCGGGUUGGAGGGCGCUGAACAGAAGCCCGGCGUCCGCGGGCUGAGUAGGGCGCCGGCAGGGAUGUGCGCUCUUGUUCAGCUCUCAUCCCCGGAUCUGGGCGCGGCGCAACUCCAUGGCAGAUAGCGGCAGCCCGGGCGCCGGGGCUGGACCCGGGGCCGUCCUGGGGGCGCUCCGUGCGCCCCUCGCGCUCCUGGCGCUAGGGCUUGGCGCUUACUGUCUUUGCGCCCUUUCCGGACGCUGCCCGCCAGUCGCCCGCGUUCCCACGCCGGCCCCCGCUCCGACCCAGCCGCCGGGUGCACACCGUCUGACCUUGGCCAGCGACCCAGGCCGCCAGCGCUUCCCGCAGGCACUUAUCGUGGGAGUGAAGAAGGGCGGCACGCGAGCGCUGCUGGAGUUCCUGCGGCUGCACCCCGACGUCCGUGCGCUUGGCUCCGAGCCCCAUUUCUUCGACAGGUGUUAUGAGCGCGGCCUCGCCUGGUACAGGAGCCUGAUGCCACGUACCCUGGAUGGGCAGAUCACCAUGGAGAAGACACCCAGCUACUUUGUGACGCGGGAAGCCCCUCAUCGAAUUCAUAGCAUGUCCCCAGACACGAAGCUGAUUGUGGUGGUACGGAACCCAGUGACCCGGGCCAUCUCUGACUAUGCUCAGACACUUUCCAAGACCCCAGGCCUGCCCAGCUUCCGUGCCCUGGCCUUCCGCCAUGGCCUUGGCCCUGUGGACACAGCCUGGAGUGCUGUGCGUAUUGGUCUCUAUGCCCAGCACCUGGACAACUGGCUGCAUUACUUUCCUCUGUCCCACUUCCUUUUUGUCAGUGGAGAGCGGCUGGUGAGUGACCCAGCUGGAGAGGUCGGACGGGUGCAGGACUUUCUGGGCCUCAAACGGGUUGUCACGGACAAGCACUUCUACUUCAAUGCCACCAAGGGCUUCCCCUGCCUCAAGAAGGCUCAGGGAAGCAGCCGUCCCCGCUGCCUGGGCAAGUCCAAGGGCAGGCCCCACCCCCACGUGCCUCAGGCCGUGGUCCAGCGUCUUCAGGACUUCUACAGGCCUUUCAAUCGAAAGUUCUACCAGAUGACUGGCCAGGACUUUGGCUGGGACUAAGCAAGGCUCAGCUAUCCCUGCCUUGGAUGCUUGGAACCUUAAUUUAUGUCUGCCCACUGGCCAGAGCAGCUUCCCUACACAUGCUCUGGGGAGAGAAUAUUUAAGAAAUAAAGUCUGGAUCCAAAUUC